CUCUCUCUAGACUUCUCUCAUAUUAAUUCAUUAGGUAUAAUAACAGGUCUGCAGAGGUGUGGGAAGAGCUGUAGAUUGAGGUGGACUAAUUACCUCCGGCCGGACCUUAAGCACGGCCAGUUUUCUGACACGGAGGAGCAAACUAUAGUUACCCUCCAUUCCGUCCUUGGAAAUCGGUGGUCGGUAAUAGCGGCGCAGCUGCCGGGGCGUACGGACAACGACGUGAAGAACCACUGGAACACGAAGCUGAAGAAGAAGCUCUCCGGGAUGGGGAUCGAUCCGGUCACGCACAAACCCUUCUCCCACCUCAUAUCUGAGAUCGCCACCCUCCCGCCGCCGCAGGCGCCCAAUUUGGCGGAGGCGGCUCUCGGCUGCUUCAAGGACGAAAUGCUCCACCUCCUCACCAAGCGCCGCAUCAACAUCCAGCUCCAGCACCAGUUCGGUUCGAAUCCGGCGGCAGGAGGCGGCGGCGGAAUCAAGCACGAGGAGCAGCAGCAGCAGCACAAGGACGAAACAAUCGAGAGGAUCAGAUUCGGGAUGUCGAAGGCCGCGAGAGAGCCGUCGCCGACGAACAGCAGGCCCUGGGGAGACUCCGCCGCCGCGUACCACGGCGGCGGGGGUUUCGGGUGUUUUCCGGCGGGAUCUGAAUCAGGGUUUCACUACGAGCUGGCGUCGCUCGGCGGCGGGGACGACGGAGAUAUGUCGCCGUGGAGCCAGAGCGUGUGCAUGGGGAGCACGUGCGUGGCGGCGGCGGCGGCGGUGGCGGAGCAGGAGAGAGUCGACGGCGGAGAUAAUGGGGAAGAUUCUGGAAGCGGGAAAGAAGCGGGAAAUAAUAUAUACAACUCUGAGUGCUCUUUGUGGGAUUUACCCACCGAUGAAGAUCUAAUGAAUCCUUUAGUCUAAGGUUGACUUUCUGGUCAAAUUUAAAUUAUAUUAUAUAUAAUAU